GAGGGCAGCAAGGGCUUGGAAGGCAGAGCUCCGGGGAGAGCUCCGGCAGCGGCAGCCCCUCUCCCCUGGGGGCCCUGUGAGGGGCUGGACGCGAGGGGCAGGGGUGGACAGCCCGCGGAAGCGGGGGGCCUUGGUGUCCCCGGGAAGAGAUGCGAGAGAGGCAGCGUGCUGAGGCACUGGCUGCCUUCGGCGCCAGCCCCGCGGCAGUCCGUUUCCUUGGGGAAAGCCAGGUCAGAGGCCCUUCACAGCCUCACGACGGUCUUCGUGACCCCUUCUCGUCGGACCUCUCCCGAGAUGCAAAGAGUUUCAGGAGAUUGGUGAGGGAAAGAGAAGGGAGCUAGAAACAAAUUUUGAACAAUUGUCUAAGUUUGGGACACUUUGGGUAGACACGGGGAGUGAGGUCUCCGGCCUCUGAGACAGGAGCACAGCAAUCAGGCCGGGGACGGGCCUCGGGAAGAGUCCUGGAGAGACAGCCAGCGGCCAGGGGCCAGGGAGGGCCGGGCUUCAGGAAGGAAUGGCCUCCAGGGCCCCUGCUGCCCCAGCAUUGGCUUCAUUCUUUCUGAGCGUCAUUCCCAGAGAUUCUCCAAAUGUGUAACACAGACCAGCUUUGUCGAAAUCACCUGGGAAGUGUCAGUGAAAACAGCCUGUCCCCCUGACUCAGAAACCCAGAGAAACCAUCAUGUAUCCCCCACCACCUCGUCCCAUCUUUAGUCACGCUCCCUACAGACCACAGCUCUCCCAGCCAGCCCGGGGAACAGGGGGUGCAGACAUGUUUUCUUCUAUCUUAUUAUAGCUGAGCAGCGUUUCCUGUGCCCCAUGCCUCAUUAGCACAUUGGUGGUGUCGUUUCCUGUGACGACUCUCUGUUUCCAUUCUGGCAAAUGUUUGCUCUUUUCUGUCUGCUUUGGGGGUUGGGGGAGGAUGAGCUUCUCACGGAGUCUCUCUCGGGCCUCUUGGCAGUUUCCCCCUUUACACCCCUCACACUUCCACCAGAAGGCUGAGAGCAGAGAGUCUCCCUGCGCCACCUCUCUUGGGGAGCACCGCACCCGGCUGAGCUCUCACCUCCCGCAGUGGGCACUGCAGCCACAUCCAGAAAUCAGAGGGAGGACCUGGGAGGCCAGGACUCUACAGGUAACUGACGGCAGCCUGGACAGAGAGAAUGACCAGAGCAACGCCAUCUUUUCUGGGUUUGCGGGAUUCCUUGCCAUCCUCCUGACCACUGUGAUUUUCUACAGCCUGUGGAGCUGGAAUAAAUGGAAGAAGCAGCGACAAGUUCCUUACUUCCGAGUUACCGUCUUGCCCUUACUGUCUCUGUCUCGACCCAGACAAGGCGCCAAAAACAUUUAUGACUCCUUGCCCCAGAGGCAAGAAGUGCUGGGGAGACGUCAGUGGGGGAGUAACCAUAUUUUCAGUACCGAGAGCCUCCUCUCCAGAAAUUCUGAUAGCCUUCCUUCUGAGCCUGUGCCCUCCCAAGCGGGCAAUGCCCUGUGGCUGCACAGAGACCAUACCCCCGCCAACGGCUAUGCAGUGGGCAUCUAUGACAAUGCCGCGGGGCUCCAGAUAUGUGGGGACCUCGCUCCCUCAGCAAACUAUGUCAAUGUCAGAGCAGCCAGAGACUGCCUGAGCAUUUCUUCAGAGGAUUCGAGAGACUACAUCAAUGUCCCCACAGCAGAGGAGAUUGCGAAGGCUCUAGCUUCUACCAACAGCACCCCGGCGAACCUCUUUGCCCUCCCAAGUGCCCAGGAGCUGGAGCUUACUGAGGAAAAAGACAAGGGCUGUGGGAAUGCCAGUGAGCACACCAGUUUUUGGUCUCCAAAAUCUGAGAGUGAUGAUCCGCUCAGUGAUGAGGAAGACUCUUCUGAGACCUCAAAUGACUAUGUCAAUAUGGCAGGAUUGACUCUUGAGACCCUCCAGCGGAAGCAGCCCUGGAUGGCUUUGCAGUGCUACAGAGAGUAUGAAAAUGUCCCUUCAGUACCCACCAAUGGAAACCAGCAGCAGGUGGAGGAGGAAGUGACAUCCUCAAACACAGACCAGGAAGAAGGCAGGAUGGAAGAUCCAGGCACGCACAUCCAAUUUGUCAUGCAAUCAGGGAGGUUCCUGGCUCUAGGGGAACAUGUGACCUGUCAGCCGUCUGCGCAGAGUGAGACUAGUCCAAUAAAACAUGGAGAAGAAAUGUCAAAUGACACUUCUAGUGACUAUGAAAAUGUGCUAGCUGUCAAGUCAGGAGACAUGGACUGCAAGCAGGGGCCAGACACAUAGCUCCUUCCUGACAAAUCAGAACCCAGGCACCCAGCUGGAGAGCUCUGUGGAGUAGUCUAUCCCGCCGGAUCCAUAGCCACAACAGGGUCUGGUGAAGACUGCUGACCAUCCUUACAUUCCAGUGGGUUCGUCCGGGUAGGCUACAAAGAGGCUGAGACGCACAGAAGUUCAGGAGCUCACAAAAGCCAAUGCUGAGAAAGCCAGAAAGGAAUUCUUCUCAAGCAGGGUGCUGUUAGCUCUCAUACCAACCUAAGAGUGUUUGCUAAAACCGCCUUAUAGGACGGUUAGUAGAUUAAAAAUGCGAUAGUUCUCUCGUGCACAGUGGAAACAUGAGGCAGUCUAAAAUCAUUACCUUGGCGAAUACCAGCAGGAUGCAAAGCAAAAAUAUGGAUUAGUUUGUAAUCCAGGCAGAGGCCAAAGAGAAGGAAGAAGUCGGAUUUGGGGUGGGGGGGCGGACAGAAGUUUCCAGUUGAAAAAGAGUGUGGACAACCAAAUGCUAGAGAAGAUGUGGGACACCAGACCGGUCAUUCGUUGCAAAGCCCAAUAUUCACUUUGGAAAAGUGUUCGGUGGUUUCUUCUAAACAUGCACUUACUGUACAGCCCAGCCAUUCCGCUCCUGCCUGUUUACCCAAGAGAACUGAAAACCUGUGUUCAUAUAAAAGCCCAUACGUGACCAUUUAUAGCAGCUUUCUUCAUAAUUGCCAAAACUAGAAAUAACCCAGAUGUCCUUCAACAGGCACAUGGAAAAACAGAACUGCAGUAUAUGCGUGUAAUAAGGUCAUCUAUACUCAACAAUAAAAAGGAUGAACUAUUGGUUUGUGCAACAACAUGGACAAAUGUUAAAUGCAUGUUGCUAAAUGAAAGAAGCUAGACCUAAAAAUCUGCAUAUUGUGUGAUUCCAUUUACAUGGCAUUCUGGAAAAGGCAAAAGUAUAGGGAAGGAAAACAGAUCAGUGGUUGCAGGUUUAGAGAAAGGGAAGCUUACUACAAAGGAAUUUUUAGGUUAGGGGGGUUCUUCUGUAUUGCUAUUGUGGUGGUAGAUACAGGACUCUGUGAAUUUGUCAAAACAGGAAAAACUAUACAGCACAAAGAAUGACUUUUAUUGUAUGUCAAUUUUUUUAAUUAACCACAGUGUCAGGGGAAGCCAUGAUGGAAUGCAGAUUAAGGCAAAUAACCCUAACUACAUUACAGACGUCUGGUACAACCUCACUGAAGGGGUGGGGGGAGGAGCUGGCCUAAUCAGCUUUGGAAAACAAUGUUUUCACUUGAAACUGCAAAAUAAAAACACAAAAAUGCAUAAACACUUUAGUUGGUAAAUUCAUAUGUCAGAGGACUAUAGGUUAGCAGUUCUGAAACUACUUUAAAUGUAUACUAAGAUUGAACAAAUAAGUAAAUAUAGAUAAGGAGGGGCGGGGUUCUCACUAUCAGAAAGGGUACAAUGAAUUCUGUGGUGCUGGAUUAGAGCUGGAAGUAUAGUUUGAGCUCUUGUUUAUUUUAAUAUAUAUAUGAAUAUAUAUGUAUAUAUAUGAAUAGAUACAGAAAUAAAUACAGAUAUGUGUAUACAUAAGCUAGCAGACACACAUUUCUUAUCUCUGUCCCUUGGAGGGUCCAGAAGAAAUGACACCCUAGAAGUAAUGAACCCACUUAGCACCCAGGUCUUGGUUUCUAAAUAUCAUUCUCAGUAGAAGAACCAGACCUCCUUGGAGAAAUGGGCAGUUCUAGGGCUGGGUGGGGAAAACACAGGGAUGGGGUGCUUGACCAUCUUGCUGAUUAAAAAAAAAGAAAGAAAAAGGAGGGUGGCAGGGGAAGAAAACACAAGAAAAUAUGAAGGUACGUCAAAAGGAGCCAUCUAAAAGAGCUCUCAGGGGCAAAGCUAGAACAAUUUCAGCAAAUAAAUAAAUAAAUAAUUAUGGUAUAAAUUUGUAACUCAAAGAACAAAAUAAAUAUUCUUGAGCCCAUACCAAUAAGUGAAUAAAAUGGAGGAAAGGGAGAAAUCUUCCUUCCUGAUGAAUUCUGAAUAAUAAAUAUAGAAGAAAUGAGGAAGAAAGAAAAUCACUACUAGGGGUGCCCGGGUGGCUCAGCCGUUAAGCAUCUGCCCUCAGCUCAGGUCAUGAUCCCAGCGUCCUGGGAUCGAG